AUGGAGACACAGGUUUUUGAGAUCACAUCGAGAAAUGAAGAAGAAAUUACAAACCUGAGGCAACUGGAAAGAGAAGCUCACCUUCAGCUUGAUUUCUGGAAGUCCUUCACCAUUCCAGGGAAGGAGGCACAUGUUCGAGUUCCCCUUUCCAGUCUACAGGCAGUCAAAGUUUUCUUGGAGAGCCAUGAAAUUCCUUAUUCUAUCAUGAUUGAAGAUGUGCAGACUCUGCUGGACAAAGAGAAUGAAGAGAUCCUUUUUCAUCAAACGAGAGAAAUAAAUGGCAGCUUCACUUUUGGAAACUACCAUAAUUUGGAAGAGGUUUUUCAACAAAUGGACCACCUUGUUGAACAGUACCCAAAUCUAGUGAGCAAACUGCAAAUAGGACAUUCUUUUGAAAACCGGCCCAUGAAUGUACUUAAGUUUGGUACCGGAGGAAAAAAGCCUGCCAUCUGGGUAGAUGCUGGGAUCCACACCCAAGAAUGGGUUACCCAAGCUACAGCAUUGUGGACAGCUAAUAAGAUCGCUUCUGAUUAUGGAAAGGACCCAUCAAUCACAAGCCUUUUGGAUGCAAUGGAUAUCUUCCUUUUGCCUGUUACAAAUCCAGACGGAUAUGUUUUCUCUUGGACCAAAAAUCGCAUGUGGAGGAAGACCCGGUCUAAGGUUUCUGGAAGCAUCUGUGUUGGUGUUGAUCCAAACCGGAACUGGGAUGCUGGCUUUGGAGGACCUGGAGCCAGUGACAAUCGCUGCUCUGACUCAUACCAUGGACCUAGUGCCAACUCAGAAGUUGAAGUGAAAUCCGUUGUGGACUUCAUUAAGAGCCAUGGAAACAUCAAAGCCUUCAUUACCCUCCACAGCUACUCCCAGCUGCUCAUGUUCCCCUACGGGUAUAAGUGCAGCAAGACGAAAGAUUUUGAUGAGCUGAUUGAAGUGGCCCAAACAUCUGCUGAGAAUGUGACCUCCGUUUAUGGCAUCAAGUACAAAGUGGGACCAAUCUGCUCUGUCAUCUACCAGGCCAGUGGAGGAAGCAUUGACUGGGCCUAUGAUCAUGGCAUCAAGUAUUCCUUUGCUUUUGAACUGAGAGACACCGGUCGCUAUGGCUUCCUCCUGCCAGCCAGUCAGAUUAUUCCCACUGCAGAGGAGACGUGGUUGGGUCUGAAGACAAUCAUGGAAUAUGUCCGAGACCAUCCCUACUAACUCUCUGGAACUUUAAGAUGACUAAACAAGUCCCCACGAUUAAAGUCUCAUUUUAAAGCCA